UUUUAUGAAGGUGUUCUAUUAAGAAAAAAUUGCUGCUCUUUGCUUCACUGUUUUGCCAAGAAAUUGAAGAUGGCAGGAGGAGGAGUUGCUCCAAUUGGUGUAACCAAAGAAAGAGCUGAAAAUUACAAAGGAAAACUCACACUUUAUGUAAUUAUAGCUUGUAUUGUUGCUGCUGUUGGAGGAUCACUCUUUGGAUAUGACAUUGGAAUUUCAGGGGGAGUGACAUCAAUGGAUGAAUUUCUUCGUAAAUUCUUCUACUCGGUGUACCAAAAGAAGCAGCACGUCCACGAAAACAACUAUUGCAAGUACAAUAACCAAGUUCUUGCUGCUUUUACCUCGUCUUUGUACUUAGCUGGUUUAGUUGCAUCUCUGGUAGCAUCUCCUAUCACAAGGAACCAUGGACGUCGUGCAAGUAUAAUAUGCGGUGGCGUUAGUUUCUUUGUUGGAGCAAUUCUUAACGCCUCUGCUAUCAACCUUGGCAUGCUUCUAUUCGGACGAAUUAUGUUAGGCGUUGGCAUUGGCUUUGGCAACCAGGCAGUUCCAUUAUAUUUAUCAGAGAUGGCACCAGCACACCUAAGAGGAUGCCUGAACAUGAUGUUUCAAUUAGCAACAACACUUGGAAUCUUCACAGCUAACAUGGUAAACUAUGGAACAAGUAAACUCCAUCCAUGGGGAUGGAGACUUUCGUUAGGCCUAGCAGCAGUACCAGCUUUUGUAAUGACAGUUGGAGGCCUGCUUCUUCCCGAGACGCCAAACAGCUUAAUUGAACAAGGAAAUAAAAUAAAAGGAAGGCGAGUUUUAGAGAAGAUACGAGGAACUGAGGAUGUAGAUGCAGAAUUCGAAGAUAUGGUGGAUGCAAGUGAAUUGGCAUGUUCGAUUAAGCAUCCGUUUAGAAAUAUUUUGAAAAGGAGGAAUAGGCCACAGUUAAUUAUGGCGAUUUUGAUGCCGACUUUUCAGAUACUUACAGGGAUUAACAUCAUACUAUUUUAUGCCCCUGUAUUGUUUCAAAGCAUGGGGUUUAAAAGAACGGCCUCUCUUUAUUCCUCUGCUUUGACUGGUGCAGUUCUUGCUUCAUCUACAGUUGUGUCGAUGGCUAUAGUCGAUAGAUGGGGUCGGCGAAUUCUGCUUAUUGCCGGUGGAAUCCAAAUGAUCACCUGCCAGGUUAUUGUUGCCAUAAUCUUGGGACUCAAAUUUGGUAGUGACAAGGAGCUUACAAGAGUUUACUCAAUUAUAGUAGUGGUUUUUAUCUGCCUAUUUGUUGCUGCCUUUGGAUAUUCAUGGGGUCCACUUGGCUGGACAGUGCCAAGUGAAAUUUUCCCCUUAGAGACAAGAUCUGCAGGCCAAAGCAUCACAGUGACUGUGAAUUUGUUCUUCACUUUUGCAAUAGCACAAUCUUUCCUCUCACUUUUAUGUGUUAUGAGGUUCGGUAUUUUCCUCUUUUUCUCCGGUUGGAUUACUGUCAUGACAAUCUUCAUCUACCUCUUCUUGCCCGAAACGAAGGGUGUUCCUAUCGAAGAGAUGAUGCGCCUUUGGGAAAAGCAUUGGUUUUGGAAGAAAAUUGUCUCGGAGGAUCAACAAGCUAACAACACCAAUGGACUCAAUCAUGCUUAACUAACAGAAGUACAUUUUUAACAAUGUGAAAGGAGAACAGAGAAAUCUAUCUUGUUCAUGUAAAUUUUGGUCUUCUAUAUAUAUGUAAAAGUGUUUAAGAAAAGCCACCUUCGCCAAAGAUUAGCCAGUAGAGAAUUCAAAAUUUAUCCGUUGUGGGAUUCGAAGUUGAGAGACUUGAUAGUUUGAAAAUGUAUGUUUAACUGUACUUGUACUUGUUUCCUGCACAUAUAUAUCAGGUUAAUUCUACACCAAAA